AGAUACAAACCGCGACAUCACGCGCCGCCCAACUUUAAACUCUGCAAUCAAACCCAAUGACAUACCCAUUGCCAAUCUCCUACCAGACUACCACCACUGAUUGACUAUCUCUCUUCUUGAUCACCGACCUACGCAUCGCUGUCAAUAAUAUCUUUGUCCAAAUAAUCCCCAAUCCCCAAUCCCUUUCCAUUUACAGUGUACAGAAUUUUUGGAAGUCUUAAUUUGGCUUCUCAUAGUUCUUACUAUUGAACAAAAAGAAAAAGAAAACAUACCCAUUAUUCAUUCAUUCUCUAUUCUUUCUCUAUUCAUUCUCUACCUACCUACCUACCUACCUAUCUACCUUCUCUUUCCCCCAUCAUACAUAUCGCGACGACACUCGCGACCUUAUUUGCGACCUUAUUCGCGACCUCUUUACUCUUUACCCAACACCCACCCAUUCUACUACACAAAUACUACACUCCCCCGUUGUAAUCACCCUUUACUACUUAUCCCCCCUAUUCCCCUUCAUUGAAGCAAUGUGCACUUUUUCCUAAAGCUAUCUUGUCUCGUCACUUACAAUGGCUACUACCGACUGGAACAAGCUCAAGGUCGUCGACCUCAAGGCCGAGCUUAAACGCCUUGGCCUACCACAAAAUGGCCUGAAGGCUGAUUUGGUAUCGCGAUUGGAAGCUGUAAAUUCUGAAACCCCUGCUUCUCAGUCUGAGGACGAGAAGAAAGCUACUGAAGAGGGCCAAGAUACUCAGGAUACUCAGGAUACUCAGGAUACGCAACAUGCUAACGGCGAACAACAUCCGGAACAAGAGACUCUAGCAAAGGCAUCAGAUACCGAGGUCGGAGAACAAACUCUUCCCGAUGAAUUGCCCAAAGAAGCGAUUGAACCGGUAGCUACACCUGCCGUUACCGAGACUCAACAGACUCAAUCCCUACUCGCCUCUUCCUCUAAUGACACACUUGCACAGCCUACCGAUGUCAUACAGGAUUCUCAAAAGCGCAAGCGAACAUCAUUGAGCCCUGCCCCUUCUGUCGACGAAGUGGUGCGAAAGCGAGCUAGACAAGAUGACCCGCACAGCGAAGAAGACCAUGCUGCAAGAAUCAUUCCAGAGAUAGUUGAUGAGCCGAUGCCCCGAGAAGAACGAAAAGACAGCUCGACGGAAGCUGUCCCAGAAGUCGAGAUGAAGAGUGUUGAGGCUGAAAGCCCAGUCAAAGACGUGGGCGAGCGUGACAAGGGUGCUGCUCCGCUAAGUCCGCGAGAUGAUACUCACGCGGGCGACCAGAACGGGCAUACAGCCGAUGCAGACAUCGUAAUGUACAACACCGAGGCGCGCGGCGAGGAGCCCAGCAAAGAUGAAUCUCACCUAGAAGAACAUGACACCGAAGUAGAAAGAGAUGUGGAGCCAUCCAUUCACCCUGCGACGCGAGCUCUGUACAUCAAGAAUUUUAUGCGACCUUUGCGACCGCAGGAAGUCAAGGAUCGCCUGCUGACACUCGCCACACCGGUAGGCGUUCCCAUCAAAGAUGAUACUAUCGUUGAUUUCUACCUUGACUCUAUUCGAACACACGCAUUUGUAGUGUUUGACACCAUCACAUCUGCCUCACGGGUACGUACUGCACUACACAACCGCGUUUGGCCAGUUGAGACCUUGCGCAAGGCUUUGUCGGUUGACUUCAUGCCGCCAGAGCUUUUUGCGGAAUGGGUUGAUAUGGAGCAGGCAUCGACCGGAGCGCGCAGCUCGACUAACCGUUAUGAAGUCAUCUAUGACAACGAUGGCCACGGUAAUGUGAAAGCAAAGCUCGAGGAAUUUGAUGGUGUAGCGCCUGUCCUCAAGCAGGCCCCUCUAGCGGCGGAACCUCAGCCUGAGCAAAAUCGAUCCAUUCCUACCGGUCCUUCGCGACCCUUCUCCGGCAUCGAGGGCGCGCCCACAGGACCACGCGGCUUUCAGUCGAACCGCGGGCCUAUGCACCAAUCGGCUAGAAUGGGAGCAUCAUCAGAUCAACCUGGUAUCCUAACUCGCGCUUACCCUAAUAUUACAUACCAGCCUGUCUCAGAUGAACUGGUCAGAAGACGGCUUGACGCGAUUGCAGCAGCGAAGACCCAGGACCUCGAGAGAGACUUCGGCAAGGAUUACAAUCGAUACUAUUUCGAGAACGGCGAUACAUUUGUUGAUAGAGGUCGCGAAGUCUUCCUCGCUAUCCGCCCACCACACCGAGAACGCGAGCGCCAGGGACGCGGUCCAGGACGUGAGCCAGGACGUGGCCGCCGAGGUCCUGGAGGCGGUAGAAACCGUCGUGGAGGCAUGCCUAUUCACCACGGCGUUCCACGAGGUGGUGAUCGGUUCCGUCCUGGAGAUUCCUCCGCGUCGGGUGGCAAUGGCCGCUUGCGCUUUGCAGAUGAUCGAGGAAGUCACCGCAAUUACGGUCGACGUGGAGAUAACAGAGGUAGUGGAAGGGAAAGCUAUAGUCGUUACUAACAGUUGAAUAGAUACAAGGUAAACGGCGGAGUCGAUCGAUUGAGAAACACGGAAGAUCAGUGUGAAACGUACACGGAAUGUUUUGGUGCGUAACGUACGCACCUAGGAAAAGUUUUCAAGGCAUUCACCGGAGUAUAAAGAACACCACAUGGACACAGCAUCAUCCCUCAAGGCCAGAAGAGAAGAAAUUUUUUACAAAAAAGGGCAGGACGCAUGUAUAAGGAAAAGAAAAUGGGAUACCCGGUCCAACGGCAAAACUUUGGCCUUCAUUACAUGAGGCGCGAAGCAGAGCCAGCUAUGCAAGAUAAUCAAGAAAAUGCCCCUCCCCCUCUCGUUAGGUAGAGUAGGCAAAAAAAUGCAAGAGAUGUAUGUUGACACGAUACGCGAGAAACUAAUAACUGAAAAAUCAACGAACUCCAGGCUGUCAACUGUUUUCUGUGUGGGUGAAUGCCACUUGCUCCUACUUUGCUCUUACUUUAAUAUUCUUGUUUCUUCGUGUUUCGUGGGAAAGGGAGGUGGAAUGGGUGGGAUCGAAUUGGAACUCAUCGAACGAGAACGAGUGAGUGAGUGAGUGAGUGAGUGAGUUGAGUUUUCAAUCAUCCCAACUGCUUGCUUGCUAGCUAUAGGUACCUACCUAGGUUAGUUUAAUGAAUAC